UGACAAACAACGACUUGACCAACGAUAUAGUCAUCGCCAUCCAAUCAAUAUCACUUCACAUAGUACGAUAUCACCCUAACACUGGAAUAGCCGACGACAUGGCAGCCCUCCUCGCCAAGAAAGCAGGCCGAAGCGUCCUCGCUAAACACUUGGCUUCGAUCGAACCUUCAGACCCGUUGUACGAAGACGUCGAUGUGGGCGGGAAGAAGAAACGAGUCCGAAGGACACUCCCCGAAGGUCUAUCCAAACGAGACAGGAAGGUCCUACAGAAGAUCAAGUCUAGGGCGCAUUAUUUGGAUAAAGGGAUGAACCUCUGUGGGUUGAGGGUCGGGUGGACUUUUUGGAUCGGAAUCAUCCCCGGCGCCGGAGACGUCGUCAACGCGAUCCUCAAUUACCUCCUCGUCAUCCGUCUGGCCAAACGGGCCGAGAUCCCGGGCUGGCUCUUGCACCAGAUGUUGCUCAACAACGCCGUCUCCGCAGGGGUCGGGGUCGUUCCUUUGGUAGGGGAUCUGGUUGUGGCUGUUUACAAGGCGAACAGUAGGAAUGCGCAUUUGCUGGAAGAAUACCUAGCCGUCCGCGGACAAGAAUACCUCGCCUCCCAAGGAGCGACCCUCCCCACAAACUCGGUCGCCGGCGUCCAACCGGGGAUCACGCAAGGAGAACCCAACCUCCAAUCCGAGUACAAACCCGGUGCGGGGAUGGUCGCCGGGGAGACUAUCCCUCUGCCAGGGCAACAGCCAGCGAGAGGAGGGGCGGGGAGGGGGUGGUUUGGCGGGUUCGGAGGUGGUGGGGCAGGAAGCGCUCAGCAGCAACAACAACAACCGGUCCAGGCGCCGGUCCAGGCUCAUGGUGCGGGAGCGGGUGCGGGGUACGGAGCGACGAGCGGACAGGUUAGGAGGGCUUGAUCCUCCUCCUCUUCUCGGCUAGGCAAGGGCGGUCGAUAGGAUGCGGAUCCGCGGACGCACAUACACACAUACAC